AUGGAUGACAGUGCGUGGAUCAACGGCACAGUGCUUGACGCUCCUCGAGAACGUUCUCCAGUCAUUUUGGACCCAUUGACUCGCUUAAAUUUCCGGGUGCUUAUAGGCGACACCCUAAAGAUGACACCAACCGAAAUAUCAAAUGGAUUAUUUCGCUUUGGCUCGCGCUGGGUGUCCUAUGUGGACAUUUGUGGAGUUGUUUGCCACUUAACUGUUCGCGAAAACUACUACCUAGUAGAUGUUGACGAUGGAACGGGUCAAAUCACCUGCACGAUCUGGCGCCAAAAUCCUCUUCAGGGUUUCACACCCACACAGCUGCGUGGAAGGCCGAGUCACGUGGUCUCCCUUGGUGAGAAGUUGCUUCAAAUGGCCUCUCGCUCGUAUCCCGUUGUUCACACCAACGCUGACGUGUCCUCCAAACUUGAAAUUGGUGAUACCAUUCACGUCCGUGGCCGUUUGCAAAUGUUCCGAAAUAAAGUGAACAUAUCGGCAAGUUACUGUCGUAACGUGAUUCUUGCUGCUCGCUUAAAGGCCAAUGUUUACUCCCUACCAUACGACCCGGCGGACAUUUUGAAUCGUCUUAAAGAUGGCCUUCAAAAUGACACGGAUAAAGUCCUAAUGGAGAGAAUCCGGGGUGUCAUUGAGGCCGACCAACUCUUUGUGUUCACUGCCCUUGACCUACAACUGAAUUCAGAGAUUGCUCAGCACAUCUCCUCGCAAACUGGGGCAUUGAUGGAGGACGUUAUCUACGAAUCCGAUUUGGGCAAGAUCUCAGAGCAAGCCAACCCUCUUACCAAUAAACCACCAGCCUCCGACCUGAAGUACCGAGUGCAAGUGAUAAUCGACCACUUACUGAAGGAUGGUUAUAUUUUCCGAUACUCUGAUCCCAUUGGCGGGAUGUUGGCCUAUCAGUACGUCCCCAAGGAUGAACUCUUGGCCAAGCGCGUCUGUCAGCUGAUCUCGGAAGAACAAGAAGGAUAUGACAGGGGCGUGCCAUUCGAUGUUAUUUUUGAGAACACCAAAUCCUUUUGCCUGCCCGACACCGCCCAACGUCCGUACAAGUUCAUUAACCGACAAGCUCUGGCAAAACUUUUAGGCGACCUCGUAGAAAGAAGUCGCAUUUACCUUGUUGACUUAAAUCACUAUAAACUGGCCUAG